AUGCCUAAGAGCUUUAAGAAGUCGCAAAAAUGGAUGUGUCCGAAUUGUAUAAGCAAACAGCCGCGUAAAGACAAUUCGGAUACGCCAAUUAAGGUGCGAACAGAUCUUAAUAAUAGCGAAUCUUCAGCGUCUUCACCAUUAGAGUAUUGUAACUCCGAUGACAAAUGGUCACAAAUUAUGCAGGAACUUCUUAUGGAUGAAGCAAUUUCCUGCCUCCCAGAAGUUAAAGGCGAAAAUCCGACACAUCUCGCUAUUCUCAUUGCCGAAAAACUGGCUGUGAAGUUGUUUGAGGAGGAUAUUGUUAAUGCGGAACGUAUGGGGCCGCCGCGCAGCUGUGUUGAGGGAGAAGGUAUACCUAAACCGCGGCCGUUAGUGGUGCGAUUGAUGCGGCGUUCAUUGCGUGAUCAACUAGUGCGGAGUGCAAGGGUGCGUCGAGGUGUUGAUAGUGCCGGCUUCAAUCAGCCUGGCCCGCCAAGAAAAUUUUAUGUCAAUGAACGUCUGACGCGUAUAAACCGUCAGCUUUUUUAUAAGGUCCGCCAAGAGGCCUCAAAGCAUGGCUGGAAAUAUGUAUGGACGCGUGAUGGUCGUAUUUACGUUAGACGUCGAAACGAUACUGAAGCACGUCGUAUAGGAUGCGACCUUGACAUCAAAAAGGUUUUUGGCGAAAAUGCUGUUGGCUUAUAA